AUGGAAGGAGAGAAAAAAGGGGAAGAGGGGGAGAGGGUAGGAGAAAAGGGAAAAGUAGGAAGACCGAGUAAAGCAGAGAUAUUAAAAAGGGAAAGGGCAAAUAGUCUGCCAAUAGCUGAUUUGUUCAGGAGAGGAGAGAAGAGGAAAGAGAGGCAGGGGGAGGAAAAAGGGGAAGAGAAUAUAUUUAGAAAGACCACGAAAGUAGGAAGAUCACCAGUUAAGGGAGCGGAAGGGAAAGAAGAGGGGAGGGGAGAAAAUAGAGAGGGGAGGGAAACGGAGAGGAUAGAUGAAGAGAUAAGGAAAGGGAGGGAGGAGAUGAAAGAGAUGAGAAGAUGGAUGGAGGAGAAGAUGAGCGAAUGGAAAAAGGAAAAGGAGGAGAUGAAGGAGAGAAUUAAAAAGGUAGAGGAGGAAUUGAAGGGGUAUAAAGAGAAGGAGAAAAGAGAGUUGGAGGUAGAGAAAGGGGAGAGAAAAAAGGAGGAGGUAGGAGGAGGAGAGAAGAAAGACAGGAGGUGGGAGGAUAUAGGAGAGAGAGUAAAGAGAAUGGAAAUAGAGGGGGAGAUGAUGAAAAGAGAAGAGAAAAAGAAAAAUAUUAUAAUAAGGGGGGUAAAGGCUAAGAAAGAGGGAUGGGAGGGAUUAAGAGAGGAAGUGGAGGAGAUAGUAAGAGAAACGGGAGCAGAGGCGAAAAUAGAGGAGAUAAAGAGAAUAGGGAAGAGAUACAAGGAUGGAAAAGACAUGGUGAUGGUGAGAUUCGAGAGCGUGAGGGAUAAGAUACAGGUAAUGAGAGGGAAGAGAAACCUGAGGGAGAGGAACGAGUGGAUAAAGGAUGAUCUCACGGAAAAAGAAAGAAGAGUAGAAUGGUUAAUAAGGGAGGAAGCGGAGGGGAAGAGGAGGGAAGGGUUAAAGGUGAGGGUGGGGUAUAUGAAGUUGUGGAUAGAGGGAAAGUUAUGGAAAUGGGAUGAAGAGAAGGAUGAGUUGAAAAUGGAGCAGGGAAUAGGAGAGGAGGGAGGAAAGAAGGAAAAGGGUUUUUAA